AUGGCUGUCGCACGAGGCCGCACUGCCCGCGCUGCCCUCCUCCUGGCCCUCGUGGUGCCUGCCACCCUUUGCUUCACUGGCGCCUUGGCCCCCGCUCAGGGCCGCACUGCCCGCUCUGCCGAGGCGGCAGCCAGCUCUGGGGGCUCCUCCGUUGCCCUGGUGAAGGUGACAAAGGAGAACAGCAUCGCCACCGCCGGUGUCCUGGGCGGUGUGACCGGUCUCCUCCUGGGCGGAUUCUGGAUUGGUGCUGCCGGCUUCGUCGCUACCUCCUACCUGGCAAAGAAGGAGGACUCCGACGUCGCCACCGUCCUGAAGGGCGUGUCCAGCGCAUCCCUGGAGGCCCUGAACUUCGUGGACUACCUGCGGCCCGGCUUCCUCCUUUCUUCAUAG